AAGCGUGCUGUAUUAGCAGAUGUUUCCACGCCCUACAACUAACCCUUUUUUAUGCCUUCUUCCCCCUCAAAUCUCCUCUUAUUAUUCCUUCCACUUUACUCAUGUCUUCCUCUGUAUAGUAUUUCCCUGAGAAUACAUUUAUUAUGUGCAGGGGAACAUAUACCUAAUACCUGCGGUUAUUGCUGGCUAUGGCUUCUAAAGAAUGGCUCAAGAGGAUAAUCAGUUUGAAGAAGGACAAAGAGAGGAGAAGCAAAAGGAAAGAGUUAAUUGGACCUCCUAAAAUAAGGAAUCGCAUUUCGAAUGUGAACCCAAUAAUCGUUUGUAUCCCGGUUGAACAUAUUGCCGCAAUACGGAUCCAGAAAUCAUUUCGCGGGUUCAUGGCUAGGAAAGCUUUACACCGGUUAAAACUGGUUGCGAAGAUGAAGAUGCUGAGGGAAGGGAAUCUAGCAAAGAGGCAAACAUCAAUAGUGUCGAGCCAUCUUCGUGUGUGGACUCAUUUACAAACGGAGAUUAGGGCUCGGCGUGUUUCUAUGGUAGUAGAAGGCCACCUCCGGCGAAGGAAGAUUGAGAACCAAUCAAAGCUUGAGGAAAAGCUUCAGAGUUUAGAGGUGGAGUGGAGCGGUGGGCCUGAAUCGAAGGAGAAAGCGCUUGCAAGGAUACAUCAACGAGAAGAAGCUUCCGAGAAGCGAGAGCGUGCCUUGGCAUAUGCAUUUUCCCAUCAGUGGAGGGUCAACUCCAACAUGAUGCACAAAUGGAGUGGCCUUGAACUCGGGAAGACGAGCUGGGCCUGGACGGAUCGUUGGAUUGCGUCCCGGCCAUGGGAAAGCCGAAAAGGCCCAAACAGGCCCAUUAAAGGAAAGUCAACUACAAAACCACGCAGACGCUCCCAUGGAUCAGCAGAGGAGGACCAAACAUGAGAAGCUAAACUUGUUGUUCUGAAGGCCCUCUGCAUUUUUGUGAUUUCUGAAUGUUUCCAUUUUUUACACUUGAGAUGUUCUUUUUUUUUUGAUGUAUUACUUGGUUAUUAAUACUGCUAAACGACACUGUAAACAGCUAAUAGAUUUGCAAAACUAUACUUAAUGAAUCGUGAGGGCUCAA